AUGGACCAGGACGCCUCCAGGGCGGCUGCGUUUCAGGACUGCUGGACAGCCCUCGAGACGAAAGAUGUCGACGCUUUCGGCGCCGAGAUGGAGAGGUCGUCGGGCUGCCUGAGCACAGAGAACAUGAGAGGCUUCCUGACGCAGACAAUCAAGGAGGAUUGGGUAGACGGCGCCCGAUAUCUCCUCGGGCACGGCGCCAAGACGGACAUGAUAGGCCCAGUCAUGCUCGCCAGGCACUGCAGGUCUGUCGCCAUGCUCGAGCUCCUGUCCGAGCACGGGACGGAGUUUAGCCAUCCUACAGAAAAUAUCCUCCCAGCCAGGAUGGUCCUCUUCCGCCGCGAGAUCCUCGACUGGCUCCUGGACUAUGGCCUCGACAUCAACGGCCCCAGCAACAACAUGUUGUAUGGCGCCAACAACAGGGUCAUACGCGACAAGACGGUCGAGGUGCUCAACAGGGCCGCGGCCGCCGGGGAUAUCGAGCUUUUCGACCACCUCGCCGCGCGCGGCGCAGACCCCGGACGAAGCAACGCCCUGCACAACGCCGCCGGCUCUUCACGCGGAGACGCCGCCGCCGCCGCCAUGAUCAACCACCUGGUCGACAGAUACCACCUGGACGUCAACGCCGGAGACGACUGCCACGGCCUGAACGAGAUGGUCACAUGGCAAACCCCCCCUGGGACGAGCCCGCACUACACCACGCCCCUGGUAUACGCCGCUCGGGCCUCCAACGUCGCGGCGGCCGAGGCCUUGCUGCACCGCGGGGCAAGGGUUGCCGAGGCCCUCAGCGCGGCUGUCGUCAAGAGGAACGCGCAGCUCGUGGGCCUUCUCCUCGACCACGGGGCGGACCCGUCGCGGGGCCUGGCGGCGGCUGUCGUGCAGGGUUUUGUCGAGGGCGCCCGGCUGUGCCUGGAGCACGGCGCUGAUGUUGCCAGAGGCCGAGAAGAGGACAGGUUUGUUGCAGCACUCGGUGGUGCGUAUGCGGGCAUGAGCAGCGAGAUGAGAGCUCUGCUGGAUGACCACAAAUCAUCGAGCGGUUGA